ACCUCGAACGUUCCGUGCAAAAAGCAAUCCCCAGCAAAAGCAUAACAUCCGGGCAGUCAGCGUGACUGUCGGAGAUUUACAGGCCCAAAAAAUGCCCAAAAAAUUUGUGGGAGAGAAUGCUAAAUCUGCUGCUGCACGUGCCAAAAAAGCAUCAGCCAAAGCAGAAGCUGAGGAGAGGAAGCAGAAGGCUGCAGAUGAUGAGUACUGGAAGGAUGAUGCUAAACAUGUUGUAAAAAAGCAAACUAAAAAGGAGGACGCAGAGCGCAAGAAGGCAGAGCAGCAGCAGAAGAAGCAGGAGGCGGCGCUGCUGCUGCAGCAGGAGGAGGCAGCGCUGCAGCAGCAGGUGGCGGCGAAGCGGCCGGCCGUCAAGGUGACGCGUAGCCAGGUGCAGGCGGAGCAGGAGCGGCGUGCGGCCGCCUCGCGCCCCGCCGCCCAGAAGGACGCAGCCACGCCCGUCCUCCAGACGCCCGCCGCGCUCGAGGAGAACGUCAACCGGCUGGUGACCGAGGGCGUGGAGGCCCGCACAGUCGAGGAGGCGAUCGCCGCUCUCAGUGUUGGCGGUGGGGACGACGCCGACCGACACCCGGAGCGGCGAAUGAAGGCGGCGUUCAAGGCGUACGAGGAGGAGGCGCUGCCUCGACUCAAGCAAGAAAACCCGGGCAUGCGGCUAUCGCAGCUGAAGCACCUCCUGUCCAAGGAAUGGAAUAAGUCUCCCCAAAACCCGCUGAACCAAGCGCACCAGGCAUACAACACCCGAUCGGGCAGCUGAUGCACGUACGGCCCGACACGUGACUCCGUUCUAGGUGUUUGUUUCACGGCAAACGAAAUACAUGAGAUGGCUUGGCAUUAUGGUUAAGAUACUAAUACUUGUGUGAGCUACGCGCUGCAGCUGCGCUCACUGACGUCUUCAAACGACGCAGGGUGAUAUGCUCUUGAUCUGCGAGGCUGGCAUCGGGAGUCGCCGCAGCCUGUUUUAUCCCCUUCGUCCGUUUCGUUGCUGAGCAAGUGAGUUGUCAUUUGGGGUGUCGCACGAUCGUUUGGUUAAGCUCUUUGGUAAGCAAUACAUUAUCUUUUGAGCGUGGGA